CAUGUCUGGAAAGCUAGCAAAUGUCAAUAUUAUUAUCACUCUUGCACAUGGAGUCGUCCCUUUCUGUUGGUUCUUUCAAUUCAGACGGCUUGGCUUGAGCCUGCAUUAUGCAAAGCAUCACGUUCCAGCAUUGUCCAACUACGGGUUGAAUCCUCAAGUCACAGGAACAAUUUCCAAAGAAUCAUAAUGAGCAUUCUCAAUUCAAGGUCAAGAUUUGUGGGAAUAGAAGAUGAAUCCCUUUCUGUCAAACUCCCAACAGUGAAGCAAGCCAGGGUGAGUAGCCUAAAUCUGAAUGAGGAUGCCACACAUCGUAACUUAGGCUUGGAGAGUACCGACAGAUCCUUGAAAUCCAAAGUUUUGUGCAAUGUGUUCUCUGAGGAUUAUGACAAGGUGAAGAAUAGGAUUUUCGACCCGAGAGGUCAAACCAUUCGUAGAUGGAACAGGGUUUUCUUGACAGCUUGCCUGGUCUGUCUACUCGUGGACCCUCUUUUCUUUUACGUGCCUUCGGUCGAUGGAGACCAUCUGUGCUUAUAUGACGGACUAGGACUCAAGAUCCUCCUAACAAUUGUCAGAUCUGUUGCCGAUGUCCUUUACAUUGUUCAGAUUAUUGUUCGGUUUAAUACGGCUUUUGUUGCACCCUCUUCCCGAGUGUUUGGGAGAGGAGAGCUUGUGAUAGACUCUACAAAGAUAGCGUUCAGAUACUUGUGUGACCGCUUCUGCAUCGACCUCUAUGCAGCACUCCCCCUUCCUCAGGUGUUAGUUUGGGCAAUAAUCCCAAACCUCAGCGGUUCGACCACGACAAAAACGAAAAACGUGCUCCUGUUCAUCAUUAUCUUGCAGUACCUGCUAAGACUUUUUCUCAUAAUUCCCCUGCGGUUGGAAAUUAGUAACGCCGGUGGUGGAUUGGCAAAGAAAGCAUGGGCCAGGGCUGCAUUUAACUUGAUGCUCUACCUCUUGGCAAGCCAUGUUUCAGGAGCUUGUUGGUACCUCCUCUCUGUUGGGAGACAAGAGUCUUGCUGGAGGAUGGCCUGCAAUCAAGAAAAGCCAUCGUGCCAGUACGACUUCUUCGACUGUCGCCAUGUCCAUGACCCGGCUAGGGUUUCCUGGUACAGGUCAACCAACGUAACAGGUUUGUGCAGCGGAAGCAAUACCAAUAGUCCCAUUCGAUUUGGCAUAUAUGCUGUUGCUGUGACUAAUUCUCUUGCAAGCUGCAAAUUCUUCAGCAAGUUCUUGUACUGCUUGUGGUGGGGUAUAAACAACCUGAGUUGCGUAGGGCAGAACCUCGAAUUUACAGCAACGACUUACGUUGCAGAAUUAAUUUUUUGCAUUGCGGUUGCGAUUCUUGGGCUGCUUUUGCUCGCGCAGCUCAUUGGAAAUAUUCAAGAGUACCUUCAAGCAGCAAGCAACCAAAUCGAGCAGUGGAGGCUCAAGAAGACAGACACAGAGCAAUGGAUGCAUCGCAGACAUCUGCCUCCACAGCUGAGACAAUCUGUUCGGACGUAUUACCAAUCUAAGUGGGUGGCGACUCGAGACGUUGACGAAGAAGCUCUUCUCAGAGAGUUCCCAGUGGACUUGCAGAGGAAUGUCAAGCGCCAUCUUUGCUUUGAUCUAGUUCGACGUGUCCCGCUUUUCAAUCAAAUGGACGAGGGGAUGUUGGAUGCGAUAUGCGAGAGGUUGAAACCAGUUCUGUGCACUGGAAACAUGUACCUAGUACGCGAAGGAGAUCCGCUCCAAGACAUGUUCUUCAUAAUCCGGGGGCACCUUGAUUCCUCAACAACCAACGGUGGCCGCACAGGGUUCUUCAACUCAUGCCGUCUAGGCCCUGGGGACUUCUGUGGCGAGGAGCUGCUGACGUGGGCCCUGGACCCUCGACCGAGCAACGCCCUGCCCUCGUCCACGCGGACGGUCAAGGCCCUCAAAGAAGUGGAAGCGUUCUCUCUCGCUCCCAAGGACUUGAAGUUCGUGGCAUCGCAGUUUAGGAGGCUGCACAGCAAAGAGCUGAGGCACAGGUUCAGGUUCUACUCGCACCAGUGGCGCACGUGGGCCGCGUGCUUUAUCCAAUCCAAGUGGCGCCGCCAUAGGAGGUCGAAGGAGGAGGCUGAGCUGAGAGAGGAAGGGGACGGCCGGGCAGCCAAACUGAAGCAUUCGAGGUCGUUUUGGGAUGUGUACGCAAGGGAGCUGAUAGAGAGCACCAGGAGGGAUGAGAAGCGACAAGCAGGGUCGGGGUCGGAACCUGUGGACGUGAUACAGAAGCCGGUCGACCUCGAUUUCGGGGAGGAAUAUGAGAUUGAGGACUUGAUGACAGCGUCAAAAUCAAAUCUUUCCACUCCUGUGUAUAACCAAGGAUCCAACUAAAGCUUAGCCAUGUAAUUUGCUUCA